GGAAACGGGUGCGGCCUCUCCUCUAUGGUCGCGGUCGGGGGCACCCUCCGUGGCAGACGGUCUUCGGUUAUUUCCGGAAGUGAAGCCUCUACUCUCUCUGCUUCCGCAGGGGUCCUGGCGAGAGAUGAUGGCCGAGUCGGCCGUGGGGCUGACGACGUGGGAGACUGAAAAACUCUUUUCCCCCACUGCCUGCAGUCUACCACUGGAAGCUACCAGUUUCCGUAGUUACCACUCUUUCAGGGUUGAGGAAACAGAGCUCCUAGUGCUCACGGGAAAUUGGACGCAGAGUGGUCGCGUAACUUAUGCAAAGAUCAAAGGGCUAGGGAGUUGGGAAAUGGAGAUUCUAACUCCAAGAUCUUCUCCAUUAUACUGCCUCUCCAAAAAGUCUCCCAAGACCCAGAUGAGAAUGCGAAAAGAAUAGUCCUUUGCCAUUUGAGUGCUCAUGACACUGGCAUGUUGAUGUGGCACCAAACUGGCUGGAUCCAGAAGGCCUGAUUUAACGGUGCUUUGUAGCAAUUGUGCAAGUCUGAAAUGUUCUGUGUCUGUGGAUCUCAGAAUUUUCUAAGAGAUGGAGGAGCCUCAGAAAAAUGAUCUGAACAUGCUGAGCCUUGAGAAGGAUGACUCUCUCAAAAGUGCCAGCCCUCAGAUUUCCGUUAGUGAAUUUUCGUGCCACUGCUGUUAUGACAUCCUGGUUAACCCUACCACCUUGAACUGUGGGCAUAGCUUCUGCCGGCACUGCCUAGCUUUAUGGUGGGUGUCUUCGAAGAAAACAGAGUGUCCAGAAUGCAGAGAAAAAUGGGAAGGUUUCCCUAAAGUCAAUAUCCUCCUCAGGGAUGCCAUUGAAAAAUUAUUCCCUGAUGCCGUAAGAAUGAGAUUUGAAGACAUUCAGCAGAAUCAUGACAUAGUCCAGAGUCUCGCAGCCUUUCAAAAAUAUGGGAAUGAUCAGAUUCCCUUCACUCCCAACACAGGCCGAGUGAAUCAGCAGAGAGGAGGAGGAUUCUUUUCCGGAGUGCUCACAGCUUUAACUGGUGUGGCAGUGGUCCUGCUCGUGUAUCACUGGAGCAGCAGGGAAUCUGAGCACGACCUCCUGGUCCACAAGGCUGUGGCCAAAUGGACAGCGGAAGAAGUUGUUCUCUGGCUGGAGCAGCUGGGCCCCUGGGCCGCUCUCUACAGAGACAGGUUUUUAUCUGAAAGAGUAAAUGGAAGAUUGCUUUUAACUUUGACAGAGGAGGAAUUUUCAAGGGUGCCUUAUACCAUAGAAAACAGCAGCCACAGAAGAGCCAUCUUCAUGGAACUGGAGCGUGUCAAAGCCCUAGGCAUGAAGCCCCCCCAGAAUCUCUGGGAAUAUAAGGCUGUGAACCCAGGCAGGUCCCUGUUCUUGCUGUAUGCCCUCAAGAGCUCUCCCAGACUUGGUCUCCUGUACCUGUACCUGUUCGACUACACGGACACCUUCCUACCCUUCAUCCAUACCAUCUGCCCUCUGCAGGAAGAUGACUCUGGAGAGGAGAUCAUCACAAAGCUUCUGGAUCUUAGAGAGCCCACAUGGAAGCAGUGGAGAGAAUUCCUUGUCAAGUAUUCCUUUCUUCCAUACCAGCUGAUUGCUGAAUUUGCUUGGGACUGGCUGGAGGUCCAUUACUGGACAUCGCGGUUUCUCAUCGUCAAUGCCAUGUUACUCUCGGUUCUGGAAUUAUUCUCCUUUUGGAGGAUCUGGUCAAGAAGUGAAAUGAAGACCGUGCCUCAGAGGAUGUGGAGCCAUUUUUGGAAAGUCUCAACGCAGGGACUCUUUGUGGCCAUGUUCUGGCCCCUCAUUCCUCAGUUUGUUUGCAAUUGCUUGUUUUACUGGGCCCUGUACUUUAACCCAAUUAUUAACAUUGACCUUGUGGUCAAGGAAGUCCGCCGACUGGAGACCCAAGCGUUGUGACUGUUGUGCCCAGGCUCCAAGGACCCGUCCCAGCCUCCCUGAUGUCGGUGCUUUGAUGCCUGAAAGGCAAGCGGGAAGGAGGGAAGUUCCUGUUCUCUACCCGUAGUAAACAAGGUGCUGCUUUGUGCGUAGAGGCAGCAGAGUGACAUCCAGAGCACAGAAGACUCUGGCUAGCCGGCCCGGCAGCAGCACCUCCCACCCAGCGGCCUUCCUCACAGGGACUCGUGAGGCUCAGUCCACACUGGCCGGCAAGGACCCACCGAGUCCGCAGAGGAGGUGGUGGGGGCGACGUCAGAGUGCCACCUUGUCAGCUGUCCUCCUUGCCCUAACUUCGGCCACUGACACAUACUCCCGGGGUGAGUGGGAGCCCUAGAGAGAGAGCCUGAGGCAGGCUGGUCAGGGCCAGGUCUGUGUUGCAAGUCAAGUUUAGGGAAACAGGGAUAAGAUUUUGUCUUAGGCAUAGACAGCUAGUUGCAUGUGAAAAAAAUACAGAGGAGAAACCAAAAUUUGACUGACAAUUCUGUCUUAAUUGAAGACUUGCUAGAAGGUUUGAGAAUGAAACCAGAGUUUGAGACUAGAAUGGCGAUUCUUCUAAUCAUUGAAGUUUUGGAUCCCUUUCUCUGAGUGGAAGAUUCGGUGAGAUGUCAGGCAAUUAAUGGAGGAUAAUCCACCCUGGGCUACCCUAAAAUCAUUCUUGCUUUAAGAAUUUCAACGGUAAAAUAAAUUCCAGGAUAGCCCUUUCGUUUAAGGAAAUAUUUUGUAAAUGGACCUCUCGCACUGUCUACUCUUCGUUGUCUUUUGUUCUGAUGUGUAUUUACCAAGUGCUGAAAUUGUAAAUAUGGAAUGAGAUCAACUAUGGCGUUUGAUUUCCCUCCUAUGUGAAAGCAGCAGGUGCGAAAUGUGAUCUGUCUGAAGACUUGACCCCACAGCGAUAAGCUUGCAUCCAAAGUAUGGUUUUUUUUGGUGACUCCAUAAACCAUUCAUUAACCCUUUGUAUCUUUGAGUGAAGAUGUCACUCAACCUUUGCACCUGAAAGUUUGAAGAAAUUACUUGUGAUAAAAAUAAAAGAUUUUUAUACAGA